UGUCAAAUCCCAUCCCGGGACCGUUUCACUAAGAUUGAUUAUUCAACUUUUUUUUUCUUCAGCAUCAGACCAAGUCUCCCGAAGGUCAGAAGAAUACGAUAAAACUAUUUUUUAUCCCCUAAAAGAGGAAUAUUGCAUUAUUUUAAUUGCUAAAUUUCUAUCAGCUUCCAUACAGCUCAAUCAAAUACCCUGCAUUAAACCUUUUUAAUGUUUGAACGCGAGAGCGAACCGAACUGAUAAAACAUCCCGCGAGAGAAAGUGAUGAAACCGAACCGUUCCAGCUGCACGAACGCCGCUGGUAUGUGACAGUGAGAUAAACUGAAGCAGAUGAAAGUGAAAUCUCGCUCACGCAUUCGAACGCGCUUCUUUGGAUUCUGCAUCCCGCAACCACCACCACCACCACAAUCCGCACGUACACGCUUUUGUUUAUGUUUGGCUGUGUUUAAUCGUACCCGGCGCGUACAACGAUCCGGCCGGAUGACAUUUCACACAGGGGGGCGGGCGAUACAAUUGGAAGCAGAUUUGGCUUAACGAUCUGCGUGAAUAAUCUCUUCAUGCGUGUGUGUGUAAAAUAUGACCCAUUUAACGCAUCUGCUGAGAUCGACGGCCGCUUCGCGGCCAUUUGUAUCCGAUCGGCUUUAGUAUUCAGCCGCCACACGCCAGAUCGGCAGUCUUUAUAUGUUUGUUUUGACAAUCGUUGCGGGUGCUGGGACGCUGCGUUAGAUUAAUUAAGAAAAAGCAGUGAAAUGUUUGCGUUUUCUUCCCCUUUUUUGGUGCAUCUUGGAGUGUUUCCAGUGUGAAAAAGUGUGUUUAUUUGCUGUUCUUUUAGGGGACAAAGAAAGAUGUAUAAUAACUGGUGCGCGAUUGUUUACCCAUUGUCAUUUGUGUGCAGUGCAAGUUGUGCAGAUAAUGAAAUGAACUAACGUUAUGAGCCGAAACGGGAUGGAAACAAAGACUUGCGUGUAUACGGCAGUACGCGAAGCUGACGCUAUACAAUUUUCGGCACAUUUCGGCUUGACGCUUUCCUUCACAAGAAUGGUGCAUUGUUUAAACCAAAUUAUGAAGCUGAAGCUGCUUUGUCAGCGUUUAGUGUCGCAUAAAAAAUGUUUAAUGCCCAACCGUAACGCCAUCGCCAGCGCUGAAGGAAUGGGCGGGAGGAAAAACACACACCAAAAAGAGAACAAAACACGGGUUCGGUAUUCGGAGAGGGUUUGGGGCGCUACGUUUGCAUUUCGAACGAGAACAGCUCAACAUCGCCGAUCAACCACUGGGUGCAAUCAAUCGAUACCACAGUCAACAAACGCUAGAAGAUUCCAGCAUGAGUGUACGGGACGGCAUUACUAAUAGAAACAGCUGCAGCAGUAAGAUGUUGACCGAAUUUCACCCUCCGGAGGCAAACCCGCGGAGACAGUAGGGGCAAUACACGUGCAGUGUGGGAAGACGUGACGGAAAGGGGUUUCGGGAAGGAUGAGCUGCGAAAGGGAAGGGUGUGAUGAACCGGAACCGGGUAGCUCAAGGGCAGGCAAUCCACCGUGCAAAGAACCGGACGCGGAAAUGGAACUCGAAACGGAACCGGAUGGGUUAGCGAUCGGAGGCGGCAAUCAACGCACGGACGGUCCGAUAGAAUCCGAUGAAGAGGAUGACGAUGAGGAUGAGGAAGAAGAUGACGAGGAGGAAGAGGAGGAGGAGGAACCGCCGGAAUUGCGGUGUGCCGCACAACAAGACUGUCCUCCAACGCCGUAUGAAGAGUGUUUGGAUUUGAAAAUGUUCGAACUACGCACCGAACCGUGUGAGAUGCGAAUGGAAGAAUCGAACCAAGAACCGUCCGGCGGUGAGGAAGUGCAAGAACCAACUCCUGUGAUUAGUUCUUCAGAUUCGGGACAACCGGUUAUACCUGCAGAUGUAGAACCUGAUGCCGCACCAUCGACAUCUGGUGUGCGACGGAAAAGUGAACAAGUCACCAGUGAACCGGAUCCAAACAACGCCGGAACCGUACCAGCAAAGGAGGAACCCGAAUCGAACCCCAAUGGAACGAAGAAGAAAGUACGGCCGAAUCGGCUCUCGCCCGAUGGGGUUGGAUGUUCGCGCAAGAAACAAUUCUGGGUGGAGGGUAGCUCGGGCCAUCGUCCACUAGAACGUUCGUGGCCACCGAAAGGUGGCAAAACGCACCGUACUUCAUCCAGCCAAUCAUACCCGGUGCCGAGUGAGGGAUUUUCCUUCGACAUUAUCGAUAUGGAUGAGCAGGAGCAGCAAGGUUUGGAGACGGAGGGUGCCGUGGGAGGAAUGGUCGGUGCGGUGCCGGAUGCGGAAGGUAAUCCGGUGGGUGAUGCGUCCACACCGUUGCGUAGAAUGCGCCUGGAUCGGAAUGGGAACGAUACGCCGGAUUCAAUCCGCACGAACAGUGGAAAGAUUCCGCUACGGAAGGUGGUCCGGAACGUUGGUGAGGAAGGCAGCCUGGUGGAUGGUGAGCGUGAAGCUGUGCUGGUAGCAACGGUACGUCCACAUCGGCCACUCGCCCGAACACCAUCGAAUGGACGGGAGCCGAGAAGUCGGGAGUAUGGGCCGGUACGGCCGCUGCCGGCCGAUUACACGACGGACGUUGCUGCACCGUCGGUACAUACGGCACGUAGUCCGGCGAGUGGUCCAAGCAGUCCGGGUGAACCAUCGGCCGAACCGGCAAGACCUCAACCGAGGCCACUUACGCGCGUUGGUGGUAGAACGGUUCCGGAUCUAGUUUGUCCACCGACACCGACCCAUCACGCACGGCGGAAUAGAAUGGCCGGAGCGGGCACAUCCGCUAGUGCUGCGCCUGUAACAUCAACGACGGCUCCUGCAGAGCAUGGUCAAUUUGGACCACCAGAACUUCGCUUCAACCGGCAGCAAAUAGCCGAACCGCAGGCAGGAAGCGGCUCGGAAGAAAAUCCCGGUCCUAUUGCGGGAAAUGAAACGGUCGGAAUGGAAGGUGCGGUACGGCACGUACCUAGCAUGCGAUUGCCUUCGAUUCCGGAACGGACCCGCGCUAUACUGGCGGAACCGGAUGAACCAUUGCCACCGGCCUGGGAGGCACGGAUGGAUAGCCAUGGGCGGAUUUUUUACAUUGAUCAUGCAACCCGCACCACCUCCUGGCAGCGUCCCGGGCCACUCGGUACAUCCACCGUGCUAGCGCACGGUCCGGAUCCACACCGGCAGCAGCUAGACCGACGCUAUCAAUCGAUCCGCCGCACAAUCUACGAACAUAUGCGCCAGGAAAAUGGACCCUCAACAUCGGGAAACACCGCUACCCGGUCCCGGUCAAGCUCAACCGGUGGCAGUAGCCGUCCAGCAACAAGCACGCCUGCGACUGGUCCAUUCCAUCCCGCCCUGCUCAUGAUAUGUCGGUCCGACUUUUACUCGAUGCUGCACACGAACGGUGAAGCGAUACAGCUGUACAAUCGGAAUGCUGCCCUAAAGCACAUGGUGUCGCGUGUGAGAAGGGAUCCGGGUUGUUUCGGCCGGUAUCAACACAAUCGCGAUUUGGUUGCGCUGGUUAACUGUUUCGCACUGUCCACGCAAGAGCUACCGACCGGUUGGGAAACGAAACUCGAUCAAAGUGGAAAACAAUUUUUCAUCGAUCACGGGAAUCGGCGUACCUCGUUUAUGGAUCCCAGGUUACCGACCGAGGGCCCAAGGGCACGUCAUCACCGACCAGCGGCUGGAGGAACUGGUGGGAUGUUACUACCCAAUGGUCCCUACCCGGACGAGCGGCCGAUACCACCACCCCGGCCACCGGGCACCAUCACCCGUAUGUCACACGUCGGUUCACCCGAAAUUCCCGUCGCUUACAAUGAUAAGGUGGUUGCAUUCCUCCGUCAGCCCAACAUACUGGAGAUACUGCGCGUACGGCACGGUGCCGCUGCCUGUUCGCGCAAUUUACGGGAAAAAAUCAACGCAAUCCGAGUCGAAGGUACGACCGCCCUUGAUCGAUACAGUCACGAUUUGGAGCUGACAAUACUUCUUAGCCUGUUCGAGGACGAGGUGAUGAACUAUGUUCCGCCGCGUGCACGCACCCCACCGGAACAGAGCACAUCGGGUGGCUUUAAUCUGCACGCCGCCGGUGGCAAUGCGAUGAAGCCGGGCGGACGGCAUGUACAGCGCGCCCCGAUGCGACGCGAUUUCGAGGCCAAGCUGCGCACCUUCUACCGGAAGCUCGAGUCAAAAGGCUACGGUCAGGGACCGCACAAGCUGAGACUGGAGGUACGCCGGGCCCAUCUCGUGGAGGAUGCCUUCGAGCGCAUCAUGUCGGCGGGCCGGCGGGAUCUGCAGCGCUGCCGGCUUAACAUCGUCUGGGACACGGAGGACGGCCUUGACUACGGUGGACCAUCGCGCGAGUUCUUCUAUCUGCUGUCGCGCCAACUGUUCAGCCCGUACCGGAACAUGUUCGAGUAUUCGGCCAACGAUAUCUACACCGUGCAGAUCGCACCGGAACGUCCCACCGAUCGGGAUGACAUACUUGAAUGGUAUCGUUUUGCUGGUCGCGUGCUAGGACUUGCGCUAGUGCAUCAGUAUCUGCUGGAUGCGUUCUUUACACGCCCAUUCUACAAGGCACUGUUGCGCCUGCCCGUCUCGUUGAGUGAUCUGGAAUCGUUGGACAACUCGUUCCACCAGUCGCUGCUGUGGAUACGCGAUAACAACAUGGACAACUGUGGUGAGCUCGGGCUAAACUUUACCGUCACCGAGGAACGUUCCGACGGUACGUCGAUCGACAUCGAGCUGAAACCGAACGGGCGCAACAUAACCGUGUCGGAGCGGAACAAGCGCGACUACCUCGAUCGCAUCAUCAAGUGGCGGCUGGAGCGGGGCGUACUCGAGCAAACGGAAUGGUUGGUCCGUGGGUUUAACGAGGUGGUCGACCAUCGGCUCGUGUCGGUGUUUGAUGCGAGCGAGCUCGAGCUCGUCAUUUCUGGCACGGUCGAGAUCGAUGUGCACGAUUGGCGCGGCAACACGGAGUACCGCGGUGGCUACCACGAUACGCACCAUGUCAUCAUGUGGUUCUGGGUGGUGAUCGAUCGCAUGAGCAACGAGCAGCGGCUACGUCUGCUGCAGUUCGUCACCGGCACGUCCAGCAUCCCGCACGAUGGGUUUGUUGGUUUGCGCGGUUCGAACGGUUUGCGCCGGUUCUGCAUCGAGAAGUGGGGCAGUGCGGAUGCACUGCCCCGUUCGCACACGUGCUUUAACCGGCUGGAACUGCCACCGUACCCGACACCGGACGUACUGUACGAGAAGCUUAUACUGGCCGUCGAGGAAACGAACACAUUCGGCAUCGAAUAAGAGCGCGGUAGAGCCGUUUUUAGGCACUCUUGUUGUUUUGUUUUGUUUUGUUUCGAUGCGAGAUAUUUAUGCAUAUUUAUUUCAAAAGGUCUACACACAACUUGUUUUUGUUUGUAGCUCAUUUGACAUUUGUUGAACUAAUGAUUUUGGUUUUUAUUACAAAACAUAAGAACGUUACUUUUGGAGGCCGUUGGUUACUUAUUUCUUUUUUGUUUUGUUUUCAGUGUAGACCACACUACUCGCGCGGGUAUUUAUCAGUAUAAUUAAACACUGUAUUUUUAAUAUGCGUAUCAAACAGUGUUCUGAUUUAUUGGAAAGCAGCAAAAGACAUAGAGCAAAAAAAAAGAAGCGAUUGAUCAGAAAUUGUUUAAAACCGUAUCAGGAAUUGAAGUAAUGUUCAGUAGCCACCCACAGAGUAGUUCUUUACAAAUGUGCCAUCGGGUGCUUUUAGAUUAAGGGGAAAGUAAAGAACAUCGCGCGUGGGAUUCGCACGCGAAUCCCGGACACGGUUUUUUUUUGCAAAUGCAUUUACGGAAGCGCGCUUCAAGCGUUGCAUCACUAAUGAUGUUACUGCUUCCGCUUUAUAAUCCGAGUGACCAACCAGCCGGCAGGCAUCGUUAGACAGAUGUAGGGUUCGAUCACUUUUUCUCUAGUUUCUUAUCCCCACCAUAAUUGUCUGUACGCUAUGCUACCGGGCAGCAGAUAAUGUUGUCACUGUAAGCUAGUUGUUUUGCCUGCCCGGCGGUAUCCUUUCAUGUGCUUGUGGGGUUCUUGUUUUAUUGUUUCCCUCCCCCCCGCAAAACAGCUCAGCCCUAUUAAGCCCUAUCUCGGCUUAACAUCUUGUCACGUCUUGUUUUAUUUAAAAAAACCACUCUUGCCGUAAAUGCGUUAAGCGAUAUGUAAAUGUGUACGCAAACGGAUGCAUUUUAAAUUAAUUGAUCGCCGAGCUAAUCGAACACCGAGCUCGAUAAUUGAUAGUUGCGUGUAGAAGAGAGAAAAAAGAAACAAAAACUGGUGCGGCAUGUAUUUAGUUUCUAAUUUAAAGCGAUUAGCCGUGCGUGAAUUUUGUUCACACGAAUGAAUGAAAGGGUUUUUAAUUCUUUUUCUUAUACAAACACACACAUAUAUACAUCCCUGCUUUCUUUCGCAGUACGUGUGGGCGCCAUAUUUAAAUAAUGAAACUUUACAGCCCCCCAAAACGGCGUAGGGUAAAUUAGGGUUUAGCAUUGUGGCAUAGACUGUGGAAGGAGGGCGGUAGAUUAAAUGAAAACUAAUGUUAAAUUUUACACCAUCACAGCACACACCCACACACACACUCAAAGAUUGGCUGCGCUUAAUCCAAAGGAAUGCAUAGUGAAUGCAAUAAAAUUACUGCAAACAGCACAACAACCCAUACCAGUCAGCCAGGCACGAAACGGGGUGCAGCUUUUAAAGUUUGCCAAUAGUUUUUUAAGACGAAGGGAAAACGCGUGUUUUCCAUACUCCAAAAAUAUGUUUUUUUUGCUACACACGUGUGUUAGUAAAUCGUAUUUGUAAUACAGUAGGGGAAAACGUUAAACACCAGCUUGUGUAUUGGUACAGUACACCCACAUUAAAGGGGUAAGAAAACGAACAAAUGAAAACUGUAGUCUUAAGAAGCUUGAAAAUCAAAAAUCUCUUAAAUUUUGCACUAAGCGCUCUAAGAAGGACGUACGGAAGCAGCAUUGUCGCCUUAGUACGGUGGAAGGUGGUUUGUAAUCUCUCGCUCUCGCACGUAGAUAGGAUCAAUACCCGUUUCUUCACUAUAGUGGUGUAAGAGGGCCAACAGAAGCCAUGACUUCAUCAAAAGCUGCUAGAAAAAAAAGCGUUAUAGCAAAAAGGAGAUCGUUUAAAUGGUAAAAAGUACGGGAAAACGUGCGUAAUUUACCAAAGUAGAACACGAACAGAACAAAAAAAAACACUAAAUCGUAAGUCGCGUUUCAUGCUCUCUUUACCAAAGCAUCCGUAUAGUGUCCUGCAGAGGGGAACCGGAACCGGUGACACACCGACAGAGGAAAGGAAACAUUUUAAAACUAUCUUUAUGAACGCACACCCUCAUGUCGGUAUCAGUUUAGAAUAUUUGAUAGAAAAAGACAGCAACAGCAAAAAAAAACAGUAAUACAAAAUCACAUUUGCAGCUUCAUCAAAAUCUGCAAUCGUUCUAUGUGCCGUGUGUGGAAUGAUCGGAGCGUAACAAAAAGUGCGAACGUGGAAGCGAAAAAGAGAGAGCGAGCGAGCGAGCGAAAGACAUAGAAUAAUUACACGCGCAACGAUAUCCAUACGGAAGAUACGGUUCGAUUACAUUGAUGCUUUAAUCGUGUUGCGUUAGUAGUCGUUAGCCGAAGGCAAAGCCAUACACGUUACCAUGCGCUGCUCGCAGCACCGGAUCAGCCGAUAACGCAUACCGACAGAUGUACGCACAACUCUGCACACCUGUGCGGUUGCUUAAUUUUUUUUUGUUAGUUUGUGUAUGCUUGAAUACCACAUUGUUCCUUGUGCGCACGGUGAAGGAUCAGUGUCAGUUCGGUUCGCGUCGGUGAAGCUUCUAGACGGAAGCGUACUUUAAGUAAGCGCGAUUUUUAUUACGGCGUCAGUUUUGAAAUGAUUCUUAUUGUUUCGGUGCGUGUGCGUGUUUAAUCACUUCUUAACCUUUUGAACAGCAUCUGUGAAACUUUAUCAAACGUAAAGAAGGUGGUUUUGUGUUUCUUUUAAAGGCAGUUUAAUCAAACAAAAAGCCGUAAGCCAUUACACAGAUGAAAGGGCUAAGGCUAGUGAUGGCAGUGUACACCGUAACCCCUCCCCCUUUUCUAAAACCUCUCCUUCUCACUCUCUCCUUUUAAUUGCUGUCACUUAGUAACACACACGUGGUUUACAAAACAAAGCAAAACAAAACUGGAAUUAUAAUUUUUGUUUUUUUCAUAUUUUAUAUUCAAGCUGGUCACAUAAUAAGGAAGAGCAGUAUUACAAGUGACAAAAAAAAAGAUAAAAGAAAAAAGACAUUUAUUUAUUAGCAAAAUGACAUGCAGGGCAAGUGUUGUCGGUGUGUGUGUGCGCACUUAAAUGGCACUAAUAUUUUAAGUGGUUUUAUUUAAAGUCUGAUUUGUUACGAAUUGUGUGGCUUUCUUAUUGCACGCUUCAUCAUAUUUCAAAGUAUGAAGAACGGAAACUGAAACACUAGUACAGAGUAGUAUAAACGUGAAAUUGUGAAAGUGAAACGUAAAGUGCGGGUGUUUUUAGCAAUGAAAUAAGAGAUAUAAAACUGAGAUUGAAUAAGCGUAAAAAAUGAAAAAAAUGCACAUACACUCAGUACGACAUUCGAUACGGUAUAUAUAUACAAACACACAAGUAUGAAUUGUCACAUAUGUGAAAUGGUUAAAAUCAAAUAUGGCGAACCGCGUCGCGUAACACACAGACUAAAGGGGCCGAAGGAAGGGCCUGGCGGUAGUAUUAUAUACACACAACAGCAAAAAGGAAAAACAAACACACGGGAGAAAAUCACAAACAUGAUAAUAAACAUGCAAAUUGCUUGUUGCAAAAGCUAUGGAUAAUAA